AUGCGCGCAUUCAGGCCUCAGUUGCAGGACGCUGGAGCUCUUGCUGUCCAGAGCGUAGAUGGAGCUCUUGGAACUACAGAGCUCAAUGUCCUCGCCCCUUCGUUUCGACAGUCGGUGAUUUCGGUGACAGCUGGACGCGUUUGGGUGCGUGAAUAUCUCGAGUCUGUUGGAGCUAGCGUUUCAUGCGCGAGUCACUCGAAUGCGAAGAGGAUCUUUUCCAGUGUCGGCGUCGCUAGAGCGCUCGUUCCAACCAAUGACUCUCAAAGAUUGAUGAUAUUUCCUAUCGAAGUUUGAGGUGUAGUUGUUUGAUGUCUGAUCUUCAAGAUAUUUCUUAGAAGUCACUUGUCAGGAGCUGGGUGCACCAUCAGCAACUCAGGUCAUUGACUCAGUGGCAGUCAUUGCUCUGAGCAACAUCAUUCAACCUGCAACCUUUGAUCUGUGUAUUCAGCUCAGUCAGUUAGAAUGGGAAGAACCCAGUUAGUCCGCUUAUUCCAAAAAGGAAACUCUCCAUUUGUGAGACGGUGUAGGAGUUUCCAAACGAUCAACGACACCGACAGUGGAGGUCUCACUCGCGAGGAAGGAAUAGAAUAUGGCGACUACCGCAGUUCUAUGGAAAUUGGAAGACUAAGGGGCAAAACUGCAAUAAUAACAGGUGCAGGAAGUGGAAUAGGACGACAAGCAGCACUACUCUUUGCCCAUGAAGGAGCUAAUGUCGCGGUUGCGGACUGGAAUUUCUCUGCAGCGGCUCGAACCGUCGACGCUGUGAAGGAAUUCGGAGGGAAGGGACUGGCGGUCGGUGUCAACGUCGCGUCUGCAGAAGGAGUUGAACAAAUGAUCAACAAAGUGGAGAAGACAUUCGGCGGGUUACACAUCCUUUUUAAUAACGCCGGAAUUAUGCACAGUGAGGAUGAUGAUGUGACCAAUACCCCUGACUCGGUCAUCGACAAAACUCUCGAUGUCAAUGUCAAAGGUGUCAUAUACGGCUGUCGAUAUGGGAUUCCAGCUAUGAAGAGGUCAGGGGGCGGUUCCAUAAUCAACACCGCUUCUUUUGUGGCCAUAAUGGGUGCAGCAACUCCCCAGAUUGCUUACACUGCGAGUAAAGGAGCGGUGUUGGCCCUGACCCGAGAAUUGGCCGUCGUGCAUGCUAGAAGCGGCAUUAGGGUUAACGCCCUGUGCCCUGGCCCUCUGCGCACCGAGCUUCUGAUGAAGUUUUUGGAUACAGAGGAAAAGAAACAGAGGCGUCUAGUGCAUAUUCCGAUGGGCCGAUUUGGUGAAGCGGUGGAGAUGGCAAAGGCCGCUUUGUUUUUGGCUUCGGACGACAGCUCCUUCAUGACUGGUGCCAGCCUCGUUGUGGAUGGAGGACUGACGUCUGCUUAUGUUACACCCGAGUGAAACUGACUACCUACCCGAGGAAUAGCAUCUCCAUUUCACAGGCAGAAGAAAGAAGUCUCUACAGGCCAACGUCGAAGUCAGCAGAAGUAAACAGAGAAGGUUGUAUCACAAGAAUAUUGUGUUCAAGUUCUUUUCCCCUGGAGCUGCGGUUUUCCAUUUCUUAAAGGAGUUCCAGCACAUGCGCAGGGCAGUAUCUCACAUCAAAUCACGUGCCACAAGUUUCUGAAGGGUGGAUCACCACAGUCUCGUCGAUUGUGGCCACAUCACAGCAUUGUAGGCAGUGCAUGCAAAAUGGUAGGAGUUCGCACUGAACGUUUCAUACCUUGAGACCUUGAUUGGUGUACGAAACAGCCUGAUGUUUGUGCAGGAGUACAUAGGAAACUCGGUCUGGUAUGGGUCAGGACUAUAUCCUGGACCGCGCCCAGGGGGCACAAUAUGAAGACGGCGUGGUGAAGUUCGAUAAUCAAGCUGGAUUGAAAUCCUUAGGCUGGUGAGAGGAUGUUGAAACCAGUCAUUUUAUAAUUACUUCGAACAUCUGCAGUGGAGUUUUUCUUGUUGUACCCGUAGCAUCCAGCCCAGCCUGUCAGUGAGGUGAAUCAUCGCUCGAGGAUCUGUAGCAUCUUAACACGUCGUUUCAGAUGCUAUCGAUAUUGUAUUAUGUAAUUUUCUCAUGCUUGACCAUAUAUAGCUGGUUCUGCUUGUCACAGUUCCUGUGACUGUCUGAAGCUUUUAGCUUUCAGGCUAUUUUCUGGAGCAUGUGCGUAUGCAAGUUCUGCGGCCCAAUGUCACCAGCUGAGAUUCAAAAGUGUGGCAAAAGAGUUCUACGCCAGCUUCUAGAUAUGUAACGUAUGUCCACAGCCUUUCCAACCUAUAAACAACACGUGCAGUUGAUUUCAGGCGCAGACACUGCACAUCUUGAUGACUG